UCUUAUGCAUAAAAUAAAGCAGCGUCUCACAAAAAUGACUCAAAUGCGUAUCCGGAUGAGGAAGCUUGCCUUGAAAACAAGGGAGAAAAUAAUGACCACACCCAGAAAAGAGAAAAAGAGAGAGGCUAGAAGGGAGGAAAAGGCUGAAAAGGCUGCAGUUCUGGACAAGAGUAUUGAGAAAGAGUUGCUUGAACGUCUCAAAAAAGGAGUUUAUGGAGACAUAUAUAACUAUCCUUUUAAUGAGUAUGAGAGAAUUCUUGAGGACCAGGCUGAGAGUGAAGAGGAAGUUGAGGAGGAACCUGAAAUAGAAUAUGUUGAGGGCUAUGAUGGACUUGAGGAGGAGGAUGAUAUAGAAGAUUUUGGUGGUUUUGCAAUGGAUAGAUCUCACAAGGGUAAGGCUUCUGCUGCUGGUGACAAUGAUGAUGAUGAAGAAGAUCAAGGAGAGGAUACAGUGGAGUGGAAGAAGCUGAAAAGUGGGUCUUCAUCUGCCCAGAAAAGGCACAAAAAAGGUGAAUCUGGUACAAAGGUGAAGAAGAGAGCAAGGGUUCUAGUUGAGGUUGAACAUGAGGAUGCAGCUGGAAGACAGAAAGCAACGUUGUGAGAGCUUUUUGUAAUCCGAUCAAUUAAUCUAGGAACAGCAGCAUGCCAAGUGCAUGGAAAGUGCAUGGAAAAUACAUGAGUUGUAUGACU